AUGCGCAUCUUCGACGUCCAGCAGAGCUACCAGAACUUCGUGUUGUUGGUCAACUACGACGAGCAGAUCAUCACUCUUUUCAAGGAGGUCAGAAACCUCCAGGCUCUGCACCACCGGGUGCCCUACGCAGUGAAGGUCACCUCGGACGAGGCGAAGCAGAAUUACCCGAUCGCCAUGACCCUGCAGGAGGCGACGAGGACUUACAUGCAGACCUGCGCGCAGAUCUCUGGUACGACGGCACCGAUGAUGGCCUCGGCGCAGCAGAAUGUGCAGCAGCUCAUCGAGGACAUGCUGAAGCUGAAAUGGGACUCUGAGAAGAUCGAUUCUCAUACCCGGAAGCUGUCGGAGGAUGUGUUCAAGUUCCAGCAGAAGUUCAUGGAGCUCGAGUCCAUGGCGAACCAGAUGGACCGCCUCGUGCAGAGCCUAGACGACAUCGACGUCUGCAACAAUAUCGAAGCGCCCGAGCAGCUGCGGAAGAAAUUCGAGGAGAUGCAGAAGCUCAUCGACGACAUGAACCUCCAGAGCUUUUCGAAUAUGAACAACUGGGUCGAAGGCCUGAACAAGGCAAUCGAACAGAGGCUGCUCCGGCUCAUGCACAAGCUGAUCGAGGAAUGGUUGAAGCAGUUCAAGUCACCCGAGCCGAACAACGUGCUCAUCCCAGAGGAGCUCCAGGCGCUCUCUAUCCACGAGAUACGCAUCCAGAGCCACGUGCUUUCUCUGGAGCCGCAGAAGGAGUUCGCGACGGGCAUGUGGACGCGACAAUUCCACGACUGUCUUGGGAUGGUGUGUAAUCUGCCACUUCUCCAGGCUGCCAGAUUUGACGCAUUCCAGCGCCGCUCCAACUCCCAAGCCACGACGUUCAAGGGCUUAUUCGGAUUGAUUGACGAGGGCACCCUUCAAAACGCUUACGACUCCAUCGCUACCACGAUCCAGCAAAUGGAAGAUUAUGUGAACUCUUGGCUGCAGUAUCAGGCCCUGUGGGAGAUCUCCAUCUCGCAUGUGCUCACUCGACUCGGCGACGACCUGGAAAAGUGGACCACGCUGCUGCAGGAGAUCAAGUUCUUCAGCUCACGAUUCGACACCGGGGACUCGGUGAUCUCGUUCGGACCGAUCUCCGUGGACAACGCAAAGGUGCAGUCGAAGGUGAAGGGCAAGUACGACCAAUUCCAACUCGACAUACUCUCUGAGUUCGGCGAGAGGGUUCGCGAGAGCAUGAGCAAGUUCUACCGCAUGGUGAACGAAGGGCGCACUCAGCUGGAGAAGGCGGACGCUGGUAGCGACCUCACCAACACGUGCAUGGCGGUGCUGCGGGUCAAGGGGAAAGUUCCAGAGUGGAGAAAUACUCUCGAGGGUAUGCAGAAGGCGCAGAAGUUGCUGGACCGGCAGCGGUAUCAGUUCCCUGACGACUGGAUGCCGAUCGAGCAAAUCGAGGGGGAGUGGCAAGCAUUCAACCAGAUCCUGGACCGCAGGGACAGGGUCCUCGACAAGGAGCUGCCGAAGCUGAAGACGGUUCUGCUGCAGAAGGAGAAGACGAUCGACGAGGAGAUGACCAUGCUCUAUGCAGAGUGGGCCGCGCAGAAGCCAGUCCAGGGCACCAUCAAGCCCAGUCACGCCAUGGAAGUGAUCAAGAUGUUCGAGGACCGGAUCUCGAAGGUGAAGGUCGAGUUCGAGCAGAUCGUGGCCGUGAAGCAGAGUUUGCAGAUGGAGGUGGGGAACUCGGACGCGCUGGCCCCGCUGCUGGAGGAGAUGGCGAACCUGCGGAACGUCUGGUCCGAGAUCAACACCGUGUACGCCAAGGUGGAGAACCUGCGUGACACGCCGUGGCAGGCGGUGCAGCCCAAGAAGAUCCGCGCGCAGCUCGACGAGUUCCUGACCUCGCUGAAGAACAUGCCGUCGAAGCUGCGCCAGUACGAAGCCUUCGACCAUAUACAGGCUGAGCUGCAGGGCCAGAUCAAGCUGAACAUGCUGAUCUCGGACCUGAAGACGGACUCGCUCAAGGACAGGCACUGGAAGGUCAUCAUGCAGACCCUGAAGAUCUCCGUGGGCCUCAACGAGAUGACCCUGGGCCACAUGUGGGACGCCAACCUGGACAAGCACCAGCAGGCGAUGAAGGAGGUGCUGGCACGCGCGCAGGGCGAGAUGGGGCUCGAGGAGUUCCUGCGGGAGGUGCGCGAGUGCUGGACCAACUACAGCCUGGAGCUGGUCCCGUUCAAGUCCAAGUGCCGCCUCAUCAAAGGCUGGGACGACCUCUUCGCGCAGCUGGACGAGCACCUGCAGAGCGUCCAGUCCAUGAAGAUGUCGCCCUUCUUCAAGUCCUUCGAGGAGGAGGGGGCGCUGUGGGACACCCGUCUGAACAACAUCCGCAUCGUGUUCGACCUCUGGAUGGACGUCCAGCGCCGGUGGAUAUACCUCGAGGGAAUCUUCUGUAGCAGCGCCGACAUCCAACAGCUGCUCCCCAACGAGUUCGGCCGCUUCAAAACUAUCGACACUGAGUUCACCGGUCUGAUGAAGAAGGUGGCUGCCAAGCCCAAGGUUCUCGACGUGGCGGGAAUCGAGGGAGUCCAGAAACAGCUGGAGCGUCUCUCUGACAUGCUCACGGCCGUACAGAAAGCCCUCGGCGACUACCUCGAGAAGCAGCGCUCGCAGUUCGCUCGUUUCUACUUCGUGGGCGACGAGGACCUGCUUGAGAUGAUCGGCAACUCGCGCGAUGUCGGCGCCGUGAGCCGCCACCUUGCUAAGAUGUUCGCGGGGCUCUCCCAGAUCAAUACCGAGGCCGACGACGCGGAUGUCUUGAAGUCUAUGGCAUCCCGCGAGGGCGAGGUUGUUGAUUUCGUGAGGCCCAUCAAGAUAAGUGAGGACCCUCCUAUCAACAAGUGGUUGUCGAAGGUCGAGACCAACAUGCAGGCGUCACUGGGGGAGCACCUGAACAACUCCAUGGUGGAGCUCGAGCAGGUCUUCGAUAAGGAGGGUCAGGUUGUGGAGGCGCCUAUGAUGAAGUGGGUUGCCCAGUACCCAUGCCAGGUGCUGCUGAUGGCCAUUCUGGCCGAUUGGUGCCAGAAGGUGGAGGCUGCCCUGAAUUCUGGAGGCUGCUCUGAGCUCGAGAGUGUCGUGCCGCGAUGCGUUGCCCAGCUAACCUUCAUGGCGGAGAAAGUCAUCACAAAUGUUACGAAGGAUGUGCGGCAGAAGCUGGCCCAGAUGAUCACAGAGGUCGUUCACCAGAGGGACGUGUCGCGUCAGCUCGUCAAGGACAGCGUGUCGUCUGCUCGUAAUUUCCAGUGGCUACAGCUCAUGCGCAUGUACUUCAAUCCUAAAGAGGAUGAUAUGCUGAAGAAGCUCACGAUUUGCAUGGCGGACGCAACAUUCUACUACGGUUUUGAGGGGGCACGGUGGCGGGUCUUGGAAUUGCAGACAAGUUGGUGCAGACGCCGCUGA